AGUCCUUCGUGAGACUGCGCGCAUACCGCCCGCCGCGCCAUCUACCCUCGCACGCGCCAAUGGACUACGAUCGACUACGCGAACUAAUCGCUUUUUAAUAUUUAAACUAAUAUCGACGAUCUGCGAACGAACAUAACGAGCUUCAAAACGAUGACCUUACUGAUAGAAAAUCACAAACUUUUACCGACUUUCGGAAACUAACUUUUGUGGGAGCUGAUCACCGGAUCCGUUGCACACCAUGCAUUAUCGAGGAAAGUCACCCCAUAACCAAUUUAUACACAAGAAACGACUGAAACUUUACCAUUGCAUCCUUUGAAAAGUUUUUACACGUGAUUUAUAAAUCUAUUUACACGGAUUUAGAAAUGGUUUUGAACAUUCGUUUUAUUCUUCAUUGACAUUUUUAAUAUUAAGCGACUUUGACCAAAGAUAAUCUGAACAAACAAUAGUGUUUUAAAUUUAUAAAGUGUGUUUUAGCAAGACUUUAACACUUAGUUAAGUGUGGUAUUAAAGUAGUUAAAUAAUUAAAACUUUAGUGAGUGAUUAAGUGUUAUUAUAAAUAGUGAACCUUUAUUAAGCUACAGAAUUUCAUCUAUCCCUUAUUAAUGGAUGAAGAUGUAUUCACACUUGUGGCCGUUACUAGAAGAAAAAAUAUCCUUCCUAUCUCCUAAAAAAAGCUCAAAAUCCCUCUUAUAAAAAAAAACAUUCCUUCAUCGUCCAUUGACUCUUGCGCAAAAGUGACGCUGCAUAAUAUUACAUUCCACUAUUAAUUAUAAAUUCACAACAAAUUACGUUUUCUUUGAUUUCGAAGAAAAACUUGAGAAAAAAAAGACCGCACGUAUAUUCUUUAGUAGGAAGAACUUAAGACGCGCGUGAACCUCUUCGGAGGGCGCGAGGGGCCGGCGCGAUGCGGUCUCGCCAGGGAUGUACGUAAUAUAUCCUGCGGAUGAAGUAGUUUCCCUGACAUACACAUCGCAUUCGCUGCCCCGGCCCCGGCAGCGGCCAACACUGGACGUCCUUAUCGGGCCGCUGCUUCCCUCGACGUCUGUAGCACAACCCCCGUCCCCGAUCCCUACCUCCUCCCGCAGUUUGCUUACACUCAAAACGGCGCCCCCUGAGCCCCCAGAGCGCGCGCCGGCGUCGCCGACGCCGUCGCUCGAGCGACCCAAUAAACAAAAGACAAAAGGCAAACUAUUCAAGAAACUCGGCCGUCAUGAGGAUAACGAAUUUGGAAAAAUAGUAAGAACCCCUGCUCCUGAUGAAUUCGAAUUACCCGCGCCGCUGCCCACGCCGGCUUUCUCUCGAAAAAAUAUUUUCGAUAGAGAUUUUGAUGCUCUAUUUGAGGUUGCCAAUACACCACAGUUCACUGCAAAAAUUCGCGUAACUACUCCUGAGCCAGAUCGCAGGUCUGAUGUAUCGGCGGCUCAUUUCCCGUCUCCGUCGACGUCCUCCCUUAGCCUACUCCCUCCACGGCCUUACUCCGAACCGACGAGUACCUCACCAUCAGGCCGCUCUUCCUCGUAUUCGACGCCAACACCGCACCAGUCUGCUGAAGGGACGAACUCAAAAUCGAAGAAAGUCAGUUUCUUUCGAAAACUGAGUCGAUCAAAGGAGUCGUCGCCACCACGCGCACGCACUAUGCAGCAACCUUCAAUAGAGAUGGCUCUACGUGAGCUAACCCAUCCAAAUCACAACGAGCAACUCAAGAAUCAACAGCAAGUCACUUUCAAACUCGUCAAAACUGUUGCUGAUUUCACAACACAACUGUCCCAGAUUUACGAACAUCAUUCUUCAGAGCUUCAAGUGCUUGUUGCCAAUUUUAGAAAGCGAAGCAACGAACUAAGAAAGGAAAGAGCUACAUGCCCUUCAUCGCUUUUCCACACUUGGGAGACAUUCCUUCAAGAAGUGGAAGCCGACGUGUUGGGAUACAGUAAUACAGCGACAUCUCUCGAGCGGGUGGUGGUGACACCGCUUAUAGAAAAAACAUUUCACAUGAAAGUUCAAGCGAGGAAACUAUUUGCACACCGUGAAGGUUGCGAGGUCAUACUGGCAAAAGCUGACGAGCAAUUAAAUAAGAGUCGACAAGAAUAUCGGAACGCCUUCUUGAACUAUUGCAAUAACCCGAGCCCCGCUGCACUGGCCACAUACUACGACUCCCACAACAGCUACGUCCAGCAACUGACUGCAACAAAUGCUAUGCUGGACCAGUACCAUAAGCAUACACUGCCUACUAUAUUACAGGAGCUGGAGGAGAUACUGACGGAUGUCACAACGACCGUCAGCGAGGCUAUUUGUCAGAACGGGGAAAUUAUCACCGAAAAGACUACCCACCAACUGCGGAGAUACGAGUCGUUGUGUGCUCAAGCGAGGGCAGUGUCCAGUACUGCUGAUCUGGCUCAUCUUGCAAGAACGCUACUCACAGCACAACCCCCCAUGAGGCCUCCUAAAAGGCCUUUCCUCCCACCGUACCCGCCAGAACCUGAAGAUCCGCCUUUGGAUGUACCUGCGGAAAGUAUGCCACCGGUUCUACGAGGAGAGAUGCUACUUGAUCGUAUGGGCGGACAAGCACGACUGAAUUAUGAACAGCUGAGGAAAGACGCUCAAGAGUUGGAAAUACAAAUCAAGCAGCUCCAGGAUAGCUUAGAUGCUCUAGCGCGCCAUCAAAGUAGAGGCCUUGAAACCAGUGUAUAUAGCAAAGUCAACGAAAUUCAAGAGGAGAUAUCGGUCAAGAAGUAUGACUACAGGGCGACGCAGUUACAUUUGGCUGCAGUUAGAGCUCAAAGAGAGCUGUUCGCUGCCAAGGCAGACAGCGGUGCCGGCGCCGUGGACAGGAAGAUGUCCUCGUCGUCGGCGGGAAGCAUGAAGAAUAAAUGGUUAAAGGCCUUCCGUAGUCUGAAACCGCCCAGCGCUCCGCCUCCUCACGCUGCACCCCCAGACAAGCGGAAUGGUGCAGCCAGAGAAGCGAUGCGUGGUGGAGACUCCGACGCCCAUAACUUUCAAGAAUACACUUAUAAGAAGAUAACGCCCUGUGACAUUUGCUCUCAAGUACUACGAGGGCAUACUCGUCAAGGCCUGAGAUGUCGUUUAUGCAAAAUGAACGUCCAUACCGAUUGCAUGCCACAAGUUGGCAAGUGUCAGACCAAAUCGCGACUUUUGCGUAGACAAAAAAGUACCUCUGAGAUCGAGUCACAUAGGGUUCAAGAAACCGCCUUUGAAGAUGAAAAGUCAGAAGAGACAACGACGCGACCUUUCGGGCAGCCCCUAUGUUUCGUUAAUGAGAACGGUGACCCUCCGCCAUCGAUUCUCAAGUCCACGGCCAGCGUUCGCAAGAAAAAAUGAUUAGCAACAUUUCACUUCACGGGAUUGAAACAAUAAAUCAUGUCGCCUCGUAGGCAUGAGCACUGACUCAGCGCGACAAUAAGGCUAAUCGAACAGCCAUUUUAAUUUGAUCACCCCGAAGCGCCCCGCGUUCUGUGAUAUGUAUAUUGUUACUGUUACAAUAAAAGUGAAAAUAUCAGC